CCCCGCGGCCGUCCGCGCCGCACCAUGCCCGCGGCGGGCGCACCCCGCGCCCAGCCCGGCCGCCGGCGGUAGCCCGAGCCGCCCGCGACCGCGCGGAGCCCGGAGCCGCCCGCCCGCGCCUGGGACGCGGGUCUAUGGGAAGUUCGGGGACUUGACAGCCGCCGCCGCCGCAGGCAUUCCUGGUAGAAAGAGAGCUGAAGUAAUGAGAAGACAGCAUGGAGGCCCAGUCCCACAGCUCCACGACCACUGAGAAGAAAAAGGUGGAGAGUUCCAUAGUGAAAUGUUCCACUCGGACAGACGUCAGCGAGAAGGCUGCGGCCUCGAGCACCACUUCCAAUGAGGAUGAAAGUCCUGGACAGACCUAUCACAGAGAGAGGAGAAACGCAAUCACCAUGCAGCCACAGACUGUGCAAGGGCUCAGCAAAAUCAGUGAGGAGCCUUCGACAUCCAGUGAGGAGAGGGCCUCGCUGAUCAAGAAGGAGGUCCAUGGGUCUCUACCACACCUGGCAGAGCCCUCAGUGCCUUACCGCGGCACAGUGUUCGCCAUGGACCCCAGGAACGGCUACAUGGAGCCCCACUACCAUCCUCCUCAUCUUUUUCCUGCCUUCCAUCCUCCUGUUCCAAUCGAUGCAAGACAUCAUGAGGGCCGUUACCAUUAUGAUCCGUCUCCUAUUCCUCCAUUGCACGUGCCUUCUGCCUUAUCUAGUAGCCCGACGUAUUCAGACCUGCCCUUCAUUAGGAUCUCCCCACAUCGGAACCCUGCAGCCUCUGAAUCUCCCUUCAGCCCGCCACAUCCCUACAUUAACCCUUAUAUGGACUACAUCCGGUCCCUGCACAGCAGCCCCUCCCUCUCCAUGAUCUCGGCAGCCCGGGGGCUGAGCCCUACAGAUGCCCCGCAUGCUGGAGUCAGCCCUGCGGAAUACUAUCACCAGAUGGCCCUGCUCGCCGGCCAGCGCAGUCCCUAUGCAGACAUCCUUCCGUCGGCGGCCACCGCCAGUGCAGGGGCCAUCCACAUGGAGUACCUUCAUGCCAUGGAUAGCACCAGAUUCCCCAGCCCCAGGCUGUCAGCCAGGCCGAGCCGAAAACGCACACUGUCCAUAUCACCACUGUCCGAUCAUAGCUUUGACCUUCAGACCAUGAUAAGGACGUCUCCCAACUCCUUGGUCACGAUUCUCAAUAAUUCCCGUAGCAGCUCUUCAGCAAGUGGCUCCUAUGGUCACUUAUCUGCAAGUGCAAUCAGCCCUGCCUUGAGCUUCACCUACCCUUCUGCACCUGUCUCUCUCCAUAUGCAUCAACAGAUCUUAAGCCGACAGCAAAGCCUAGGCUCGGCCUUUGGACACAGCCCUCCACUCAUCCAUCCAGCCCCAACUUUUCCAACACAGAGGCCUAUUCCAGGGAUCCCUACCGUUCUGAACCCCAUCCAGGUCAGCUCCGGCCCUUCCGAGUCCUCACAGCAGAACAAGCCCACGAGUGAGUCUGCAGUGAGCAGUACUGGCGACCCCAUGCACAACAAGAGAUCCAAGAUCAAACCUGACGAAGACCUCCCCAGCCCAGGGGCUCGAGGGCAGCAGGAACAGCCGGAAGGAACAACCCUGGUCAAGGAGGAAGGGGACAAAGAUGAAAGCAAACAGGAGCCUGAAGUCAUCUAUGAGACGAACUGCCACUGGGAGGGCUGCGCGAGGGAGUUCGACACCCAGGAGCAGCUCGUGCACCAUAUAAACAAUGACCAUAUUCAUGGAGAAAAGAAGGAAUUCGUGUGCCGGUGGCUCGACUGCUCCAGAGAGCAGAAACCCUUCAAAGCCCAGUACAUGCUGGUAGUGCAUAUGCGAAGACACACAGGCGAGAAGCCUCAUAAAUGCACUUUUGAAGGUUGCACAAAGGCCUACUCGAGACUCGAAAACUUGAAAACGCACUUGAGAUCUCACACUGGAGAGAAACCAUACGUCUGUGAGCACGAAGGUUGCAACAAGGCUUUCUCAAAUGCCUCUGAUCGUGCCAAGCACCAAAACAGAACACAUUCCAAUGAGAAACCGUAUGUGUGCAAAAUCCCAGGCUGCACUAAACGUUACACAGACCCAAGCUCCCUCCGGAAACACGUGAAGACCGUGCAUGGCCCAGAGGCUCAUGUCACCAAGAAGCAGCGUGGGGACAUGCAUCCUCGGCCCCCACCCCCGCGGGAUCCCGGCAGCCACUCACAGUCCAGGUCGCCCGGCCGGCCGACUCAGGGAGCCCUCGGGGAGCAGAAGGACCUCAGCAACACUACCUCAAAGCGGGAAGAAUGCCUCCAGGUGAAGACGGUCAAGGCCGAGAAACCCAUGACAUCUCAGCCAAGCCCUGGUGGUCAGUCUUCAUGCAGCAGCCAGCAGUCCCCCAUCAGCAACUAUUCCAACAGUGGGCUCGAGCUUCCUCUGACUGAUGGAGGUAGUGUAGCAGACCUCAGUGCCAUCGACGAAACCCCAAUCAUGGACUCGACCAUUUCCACUGCAACCACAGCCCUUGCUUUGCAAGCCAGGAGAAACCCAGCAGGGACCAAAUGGAUGGAGCACGUAAAACUCGAAAGGCUAACACAAGUGAAUGGAAUGCUUCCGCGACUGAACCCUAUUCUACCCCCCAAAGCCCCUGCAGUCUCUCCUCUCAUAGGAAAUGGCACGCAGUCCAACAGCAGCUGCAGCGCGGGAGCGCCCGUGACUCUUCUCCCGAACAGAAGCGACCUCUCCGGUGUGGACAUCACCAUGCUGAACAUGCUCAACCGCAGGGACAGCAGCACCAGCACCAUCAGCUCGGCCUACCUGAGCAGCCGCCGCUCCUCGGGCAUCUCGCCCUGCUUCUCCAGCCGGAGGUCCAGCGAGGCGUCGCAGGCCGAGGGGCGGCCCCAGAACGUGAGCGUGGCCGACUCCUACGACCCCAUCUCCACCGACGCCUCGCGCAGGUCCAGCGAGGCCAGCCAGGGAGACGGGUUGCCCAGCCUGCUCAGCCUCACGCCCGCCCAGCAGUACCGCCUAAAGGCCAAGUACGCGGCGGCCACGGGCGGCCCGCCACCCACGCCCCUGCCCCACAUGGAGAGGCUGAGCCUGAAGACCAGGAUGGCCCUGCUCGGGGACGGACGGGAGGCCGCGGUGACCCUGCCGCCCGUGCACCCUCCGCGGAGGUGCAGCGAUGGCGGGUCGCACAGUUACGGCCGGCGCCACCUGCUGCCCCACGACGCCCUGGGCCACGGCGUGCGGAGAGCCAGCGACCCCGUGCGGACCGUGUCAGAAAACCUCUCUCUGCCCCGGGUGCAGCGUUUCAGCAGCCUGAACAGCUUCAACCCUCCGGGGCUGCCCCCGGCCGCCGAAAAGCGUAACCUAGUGCUUCAGAAUUACACGCGGCCCGAGGGGGGCCCCGCCCGGCACUUCCACGCAUCCCCCUGCCCUCCCAGCAUCAGCGAGAACGUCACCCUGGAGUCCCUGACCAUGGAUGCGGAUGCCAGCCUGAAUGAUGAGGAUUUCUUGCCGGAUGACGUCGUGCAGUAUUUAAAUUCUCAGAACCAAGCCGGGUAUGGGCAGCACUUCCCGGAGGACAGUAAAGGGACCUCCGGGGCUGGUGACUUCGACCAGCCCGGGCUGCCGGACAGUCACCUGGGCCAGCAGUACCGCGCCCUGGAGCAGCCCUGUACCGAAGGCAGCAAAACCGAUCUGCCCAUCCAGUGGAACGAAGUCAGCUCCGGGAGCGCCGACCUGUCCUCGUCCAAGCUCAAGUGCGGCCAGCGGUCUGCAGUGCCACAGGCCCGCGCCUUUGGGUUAUACAACAACACGGCCGUCCACCCGCAGCAUCCAGCGAGGAGCAGCGGGGCUGGCCCAGCUGGGGGGUACCCGACCCUGGGUGAGAGCAGCAGCUCCUACGGUGGCCCGGAGCCCUUGGCCCUCCACAGCGGGGGUGGAGCUGGCCCCGGUGCAAACGCCUUCCAUGAACAGCCCUACAAGGCCCAGCAGUAUGGAAAUUGUCUCAGCAGGCAGCCAGGGGCUCCCGGUGUGCUAGACAGUGCCUGUGGUGCAGGGGUCCCAGGGUCCAAGCUGAAAAGCACCGCCAUGCAAGGGAAUGGGGCCCCACUGGAUUUUGGCCUGUCUGUGGUGCCCAGUGAGCCAGCUGGUGGCAUGCUGAGUGGCAUGCAGGCUCAAGACCCGGUGGGACAGGGGUUCCUUGCCCACCAGCUGCUCAGCGACAGCAUGCAGCACCAGGGGGCAGGCCGCCCCGGUCAGCAGAUGCUAGGGCAGGUUAGUGCUACCUCACACAUCAACAUCUUCCAAGGGCCAGAGAGCUGCCUGCCGGGGACUCACAGCCAGCCAUCAAGCUUAGCAGGUGUCAGGGGCUACCAGCUGUGUGCUGGCUAUGGGGGCAGCAGACGCCAGGCUGUGCCAAGGGGCAGCCUUCCUCUGCAGCACGGACAACAAGGUGACUCGAGUCAGACCUGCAGGGUGAAUGGCAUCAAGAUGGAGAUCCAAGGGCAGCCCCAGCAGCUCUGUUCUAAUAUGCAGAAUUACUCCGGUCAGUUCUAUGACCAAACCGUGGGCUUCAGUCAGCAAGACAUGAAAGCUGGUUCAUUCUCCGUUGCAGAAGCCAGCUGCCUGCUACAGGGAGCCAGUGCCGAAAACUCUGAGUUACUUUCCCCAGGUGCUAACCAGGUGACAAGCACAGUUGACAGCCUCGACAGCCAUGACCUGGAAGGAGUGCAGAUUGAUUUUGAUGCCAUCAUAGACGACGGGGACCACGCCAGCCUCAUGUCUGGGGCCCUGAGCCCAAGUAUCAUUCAGAACCUUUCCCAUAGCUCCUCCCGCCUCACUACGCCACGGGCAUCCCUCCCGUUCCCAGCCCUGUCUGUGAGCACCACCAACAUGGCUAUAGGAGACAUGAGUUCUUUGCUGACCUCCCUCGCGGAAGAAAGCAAAUUCCUUGCAGUUAUGCAAUAGGCAUUAGGAAAAAGGACUGCAAACAGACGUGAAACUUUAGGAGUUGAAAGAUGAAACGGACUCCGUGUUUGGCUGGUUUGUUUUUUCAGUUCUGUAUGUAUUUUAGCAAUCUCAUCUCACCUAACUGGGAUGUGUUUCAAGUAUAUUCCUUUUAUGGAAAAGGACUCUGCAAAACCCUAAAGUAUUCUAGGGAGAAACUGUCUUCCAGUUCAGUUUUGAGUCAGUAUUGUUAUAUUCCGAACACCGUCUUUUUUUUUUUUUUAAACUGUAAGCCCAUCCCUGUUUUUAGUAAACCAGUGUAAAUGUGUGAUGUGCAUGUUCUUUCUUUUAGAAGAGAGGUCAAAUGAAAGGAUUUGACGCGUUUCUUUGUUACUCAAAGGAAGUAGGAGUUGGGGUGCUUGUGACCAAGGGGUUAACACUUCCAGCUUUUAAAAAUUUUCCUGUACAUGGGCUCAAUGUUUUUUGUUUUGCUUUUAAUCCCCACAUUGGGCACAGAUUCAGAAUAUGGAGAGUGAGUUUAAAACUCUUUUGUGGGUGCACUGUGGCAGAGAUAACACUUUGGGCGCGCUCCCCACCCUAAGUCAAUUCAGGGCAGACUUCAGACAGUACAGAAGUGGACACUUGGGGCUCUUGCCAGUGGAAUGGGUUGCUCACAGCUUGGGUUUUCAGUUCUGCGUGUAUGUGAGUGCUUGUUUCUAUGGUCAGUUCUCAGUUAGCUCGUUGGCCUCUUUCCUUUCAACCUUCAGGAACAUUCAGUGCUGUGUGGCACUGUGGUGAGAGAGGGGGCAGGCAGUUAGUGACACUCAAACAUGUAGCUAUUUUAACCCAUUUUGGUAAUGCAUUAGAUAGAUUGUAGAUUGAAGACAUUGGGUAGAAUUAGUUUGGGGAAGAUUCGUGGGUUUGCUGUAUUUGUCAAUUACUGCCAUCUCUUUCCCCAUUAUCAUAGAUAACUGAGAAUUGAUUAUAUAUAGCUCUAAGUAUCUAGGUAUUUAAACAAUCCCACAACUGGCUAUAUCAUUAACAUUUAUUAAUUCCACUGUAGUGAAGGCGUUUUCUAUUAUAAACACCCUAUUUUCAGGGAUUUGUAAAAUUUCAUUGUAAAGAUAAAGCUCACAGACAUUGAUAUUGGGAGUAAAUUGCCUCAACCAUUUUUUAGCAUGAGAGCACUAAGGAAGAUAUUUCACAGCUCUGUGGAUGCCUCUGUUACAUCCCAUUGAUUGAAAGCUGCAUCCACUUAAGAAGUUAAAUGUUCUUAGUCCAUAUUGUGGACUAGUAUCUGUACUUUUGUUUUGGAUUAAAAUAUUUAAAUAUUUUAAAAGUACAGCUACUCCCCAUGUGCAGUUGAUACAUAUCAAGAUCAUACUAUGUGUGCACAAAGAGUACAUGGAUUGUCCAGCAUAUUGCUUUCAAAAAUAUGUAAACUAUUAAAAAUUAUGAACGCUUCAAACUCCCUUCUGUAUUCUGUCCCUGUUGGCCUCCCGAUUGGAUUUACUCAAAAUGAUUCAUGAUUCAAUUGUAUGGCGUUUGCCCUUGUUUCUGCCAUUUGAAUUAGUACCAAGACAGUCAAAUAAAGCAUGGGAUAAUAGACACGUUAGGACCAGCCCAUCUUUCUUAUGUUUAUUUUCUCUCAUUUGGACCAAGAAUCUCAACAUAGAGUUGAAUGUGCCACUUGGGACUACGUGGUUAAAACUGUUGAGCUGGCUUUUAAUCAAACAUCCCGGAGACCAGAAGCAGGAUGCGCAUUCCUCCCCCACACCCUGCUGUCCUGCUCCAGAGAGCACCUUCCUUUAAAUCCAAGGAUGUAUCUCCUUUGGAACAGCUCACGAGAGAACUACUGAUCUGAACUCAGGAGAGUAGAGUCUCUACCACUUUGCAGCUGAAAAAGCCAGGCCUUUUCUGUAUUCCUCAAAUAGGUCACCAUCAAGCCUCCACUUGCUGAAUCUCAUUUUUCCAUGAACCUUGGAAUCUCCAGGUCCUGGCCUUGCACGCUGUCACAGGCUGACCCAAUCCCUUUCCUACUUGGUUUCAGAUGCUUUUCCCUUUGUUUUCAGGUUACCUUCGGGGUCCCCCUCUUCUUUACUUGCCAUAUUUGUACUCAUUUUCUUUGCUACUGCCUUUAGAUUUGCAGGAGACACACAUUUCAGCUUAAUAUUUGGCUUCUCUCAGUAUAGAAAUUCCAAAAGAAAGGAGGAGAGGAGGGAGGGAAGAAGAAAGUGAACCUUUCCAGGACUCCAGUGAUCUGUCGUGACAGUCCAGUGGAAGGAAGAUCUUUUAAGGUCACUUAGAAGUGAGUCUGUGGGGACACGCGAUCUCCAUAGACUUGGCAUCUAUCUCAUCUUGAGGUACCCACCACCAGCCUCCAGCCUUCUGCCCAGUUUCUUUGACCUAUGCAUUUAGAGAGAUGGCAUUGACUCCUACUUUCUAUAAUAAAUGCAGGCUCAUACGUGGGACUCCUGUUUGACAUCUGUGUGAAACUUAUUUUCAUUUUUCAGGCCAUUCUUGUUUUAUUUUUCUAAGGAACUAAUUGAACUACCCCUGCUCCUCACACAUGGGCUCAUUCUCUUGAGCUCCAAAGUUUUGAUUCUUGCAAUGUAUGUGCCUUAUUUUCUGUUACUCUUGUCAACGCGAGGGGCCAGUGGGUGUUGCCCAAUCAGCGCUCUGAGGCCAGAGCGCAGUCUGAGCUGUCUUGUCACCUGGUUUCCUGUGUCGUUUUGAACUGAAAGGAGGAUGUCCUCUUCCGACAAAUUACCCCGUGUAUCCUGCAAACAUGUAAGAUAAAAUACAAGUUCAUUUUUUUCACCUUUUUUAGAGUUUUUAAAAAAUAAAAUGUGUAAUCCUUUUUAAAAAGAAACACAUGUAAAAACAUUUAAGUAUUGUAGGCAUAGUGUUCGUAUGUGACCAGCCCCGGGCCUCCUUGGGAUGAGCCUGUAGCCCCUGCAAUGCUCAGUGCCCACCUCAAGCCCAGGGGCUGCAGCCCAGCCAUAGAUGAACUCUUACCUUUGCUUCCAGAACCACUUAGUCCUUUUGUAACAAAAAAAAAGUGUUUCUUACAAUGUCAAUAAAAAAAUUUGUACUGAA